AGGGAGGAGUGCCGAGCCAUGGAAGAAGAAACGGAGGAGGACGAGAACCUGCCACCGGGGGAAGAGCAGGGGAUGCGGGACAGCCUGCUCGGGGGAACCCCGGAAGGGGUGACGGGAACUGCUGAGGAGCCUGGACGGGGCAAACAGGAGGACGAGGUCCGGAGCAGAGUGCCCGAAGGAGGGUUCGGCUGGGUGGUGGUUCUGGCGGCCACCUGGUGCAGCGGCUCCAUCUUCGGCAUCCAGAACUCGUUCGGGAUCCUGUAUGUUAUGCUGCAGAAAGAGAUGGGAGGCGCCGGGGGACAGGACUUCAAGACAGCUUGGGUUGGUUCUCUGGCCAUGGGGAUGAUCUUCUUCUGCUCUCCAGUAGUGAGCGUCUUUACCGACAGGCUGGGCUGCAGGAAGACCUCAUCAGGAGGAGCUGCAGUAGCUUUCAUUGGAUUGUUAUGCAGCUCAUUUACCACGUCCCUAGGCGUUCGAUAUUUUACUUAUGGGAUACUCUUCGGAUGUGGAUCUUCAUUUGCUUUUCAACCCUCUCUGGUCAUUCUCGGUCACUACUUUAAGAAACGACUUGGUCUUGCAAAUGGCAUUGUGGCUGGUGGUGGCUGUGUGCUCACAAUGUGCCUUCCUUUCUUGCUGGAGACCAUGGGAAAUACUAUUGGCUUGGCAUACACAUUUCGAGUGCUGAGUGCUUUCAUGUUUGUUCAAAUAUUCCUCUCUCUCACAUUUAAGCCACUUUUACCUCCACCAAUUGAUUAUAACAAAGAGGAGGAGAAAGUGGCUGGAAGGAAUAAAGCCCUACAGUUUAUCGCACAAAUACGGAAAUGUUUUAGCAUGCAAGUAUUCCAGAAGAAGACUUACAGAAUUUGGGCUUGUGGUAUUGCUACAACAGUUUUGGGAUAUUUUGUUCCUUAUGUCCAUCUGAUAAAAUUUAUGGAGGAACGAUUUAAAGACCACAAAGGAACAUGGAUACUAAUUGUUUGCAUUGGAGCAACAUCUGGGGUUGGUCGCCUUGCUUCUGGCAAAAUUGGGGACUGCAUUCCUGGGCUGAAGAAAAUUUACUUGCAGGUGGCCUCUUUUCUACUACUUGGAAUUCUGUCCAUGAUGUUGCCCCUGUGCCAAGUGUUUGAGAGUGUCAUUGUUGUUUGCCUUUUCCUUGGCUUGAGUGAUGGAUUCCUUAUCAGCAUGAUGAGCCCUAUUGCAUUUGAGUUGGUGGGUCCUAUGCAAGCCUCCCAAGCUAUUGGUUAUGUCCUGGGGCUCAUGUCCAUUCCAAUGACUGCUGGGCCUCCAAUUGCAGGUUUUCUAAUUGAUCUUCGAAGGAGUUACGACUUGGCGUUUUAUCUUGCUGGCAUUCCUCCACUGGUUGGAGCUCUGGUUCUCCUGUCUGUUCCUCUUAUCCAGGAGAGAGACCGAAAGAAGGCAGAACAAGUGGAAGAAGGAAAGGAGAAGACACAGGACAAUGUGGUGAAUGGUGAACUCCUGCCAGGAAACCCUGUGACGGAUGCUCAAGUUUAGACCUACAAGGACACUGUCCUAUGCAUAUGACAUUUUGUAGAAACAUGCAGGCAGUUGGGCCCAAGACAUGAGAUGAAGAUGAGAGUGCUGUUAUUAUAUUGCACUCAUUUAGUCUGAUAACCUGGAAAUGGUUUGUAGUAAACUGUUCAUAUUUUAGGGGAUUGAUUAGUGCAUAUAACAAAACUUCUUCUAAAAUAGAUGCACAAUUAGGUUUGCACAGUCACAUGAGGAAGCAACAUAUGAGUGGCAGAAAAUUAAUCUACCUAUAGCCACUUCUGUCUUUAUUUGACCAAAUAACAAACCACAAAUACCACUUAUGGUAUGUAUAUUACUAUAGAAGUUUUUCAUUUCAACUUUAAGCUACUCCUCUGUGUGAAUGACCAAAUUGCUGUGUGUUUUUUUUUUCAACAUUCCUUGGGUAAUUAUUCUCCUCAGCUAUAUACACUAAAUUUUGUUUUUGUUUUCCAUAGCAAGACACUUUGAAGGUGGCAGAUGACUCUGUUGCACUUGUGUCUGCUGUCAGAUGCAGUGUUAACAUUUGCACUAUGUGAUUUUGCUAAUUAGUCUUGCGCUUUUAUGUAGAUGAGUA